GGCAUGCCUCGGAGGAGUUGGCAGCGCUGAAGCCUCGGAGGAAAGAAAGCCGCUCAGGCCCUCCCGCCUCGAUGGAUUACACCCUGGAGCCCAACGUCACGAACACUGACUACUACCCGGAUGCCUUUACCAUCCCCUGUGACACAGAGCUCCUUCUCAGAGGCAGCACGCUGCACCUGGCCAUCUUGUACUGCAUCUUGCUUGUGCUGGGCCUUCUGGGAAACAGCCUGGUCAUCUUGGUCCUCGUGGCCUGCAAGAAACUGAGGAGCAUUACGGACAUCUACCUCCUGAACCUGGCCAUGGCUGACCUGCUCUUCGUCUUCUCGUUCCCCUUCCAGACGUACUACCUGCUGGACCAGUGGGUGUUUGGGACCGCAGUGUGUAAGGUGGUCUCGGGCUUUUAUUACCUUGGCUUUUUCAGCAGUAUGUUCUUCAUAACCCUCAUGAGUGUGGACAGGUACCUGGCUAUCGUCCAUGCUGUCUCCGCCAUCAAAGUGAGGACGGCCAGAGUGGGCACAGCCCUGAGCCUGGCAGUGUGGCUGAUCGCCAUCACGGCCACCAUCCCGUUAAUGGUGUUUUAUCAAGUGUCCUUAGAGGAUGGCGUUCUCCAGUGCUUCCCGUUUUUCGACGAGCAGUCUCUGAGGUGGAAGCUCUCUGCCCACUUUGAGAUAAACAUCCUGGGUCUGCUGCUCCCCUUUAGCGUCCUCCUGUUCUGCUACACCAGAAUCCUGCACCAGCUGCGGGGCUGCCUGAACCACAACAGGACCAGAGCCAUCAAGCUGGUGCUAAUUGUAGUCAUUGCGUCUUUACUCUUCUGGGUCCCGUUCAACGUGGUCCUCUUCCUCACGUCCCUGCAUGACAUGCACAUCUUGAAUGGGUGUGCCACAAAGCAGAGGCUGGCCCUGGCCACAUACGUCACAGAAGCCAUCUCUUUUACACACUGCUGCGUGAACCCGGUCAUCUAUGCUCUCAUUGGAGAGAAGUUCAAGAAACACCUUGCGGACAUAUUUCAAAAGAGUUGUAGCCACAUCUUCCUCUACAUCGGGAGAAAAGUGCCCGUGGGGGUGUGGGAAGGGCCGCCGUCCUCGCAGCAGCGUUCCUCCCAAUCUUCGACCCUGGACUACAUCUUGUAA